AUGAAUACAUUGAAAAAUAUGGGGUUAGAUUGCGAGCGUAGUUCUCUUAAUGUUUCAGAGCUCUUACAAUAUAAUACCCAUAGCAUUGACGAAGAAGAUGAAAUUUCAUAUGAGAAUUAAAAUGAAAAUUUGAAAACGGAAGAUGAUGAAAACAACCAAAACGAAUAAAGGAGUGACGGUUUACUUACAGAGAGAAAAUAUUUUAAAGAAAAUAGUUCUGUUUAAGUGGAAUCAGAAAACGCUGCGUACAUGAACAGUUAAGUUAAUUCAAUUCGCUUGAGCAGUAUUUCCUUUGAUUAUCUUAAUCCUUCUUCAUAUGAAAAUUCUUCUAGCGAUAUUUCGAGAUCACCUUCUCCACUUAAAUUGAGUAGAAUGGGUGGGUUCUCUCCUGAGGCUAAACGCAAAUCUUCUAAAAGCUUUUUAAAAAUUUCGAUUCCUUUAAGAAAGUAGAGUCUUUCUAAUUCUGGAAGGAAGUCUUACCAUGAUAAGUAUAUUACCCUUGAAAAAAUAGGAUAAGGAUCUUUGGGAUUAGUAAGCAGAUGCAAGUGCGUGAGUACUUAAAAAGAUUAUGCUGUAAAAACAAUAGGUUUCAAAGAUGGAGAACACCUUUUGAAUAUUUCAAGGGAGUUUUUUUUACUAUAGAGCUUAAAGCACCCAAAUGUUGUGAGAACUUACGAUCUUUUCAUUGAAAAUAAAAAAUGCUAUAUAAUAUUAGACUAUGUAGUUGGAUUUUCAUUGUAAGAUUACUUAGAAAAGCACCAAAAAAUGAGUGAGGAGUACACUAAAUUUGUAAUUAUAGAGUCACUAAAAGCUAUAUAAUACUUACACUAAAAAGGUGUUUGUCAUCGUGAUAUCACUUCCAAUAAUAUUUUAAUUGACGAAAAAAAGAAUUCAAUUAAAUUGAUCGAUUUUUCAAACUCUAAAACAUGCGAUUUUAGAAGAAUGAUGACGAAGACUGGUACGAUAAGCUUUAUGGCUCCAGAGAUUUUUAAAGAGCAAGAGUAUGAUAAAUAAGUUGAUAUGUGGUCAUUGGGAAUAGUGACGUUUUAAUUAUUAACUGGAUAACUCCCAUUCUAUUCUGCAAAUGAAUAAAUUUUGAUAUAAGACAUAUAAAAGAAAGGAUUAGACAUCUCUUAAUAAAAUAAACUUUUGGCUCAUAUAAGUACUAGUGGGUUAGACUUCCUCUCUUAAAUACUCAAAAAGAAUCCAAGAGAAAGACUUACACCUUCUUAAGCUUUAUGCCAUCCGUGGCUUAAAUAGGUUAACCUAAUGUGCUAAUUCAAAAAAUUUAGCAAAAAGAGAUUAGGAUUUUCAUCAAAAAGCCCUAUAAAAUCUGGAAAGUCUACUGUAAAUGAAAUCAUUAGCUAAGAGUUAACCUCAGAUUUUUCCCUAAAUUCUGAGUAGUAAAAACUAGAAACACAUUCUACAUAUCAUAAUUUUAUAGAAGAGAUAUAAGUGAAGCAAUAAAAUACUCACAGCUAAGCACUUUCAUAAAGCAAUUUAGACACUUUGGCUAAUGAAAACUUAGAGCCUAUUUCAUUUGAAGAUUAAAUUAAGCUAAAUUAAAUUACUAAUUGUGAAGAAAAUUAAGCUAAUUCUAUUUAAAAUACAACAAAAAAUUCUCCUAAUAUUAUACCAAUACCAAUAACUAGUUAAAUUGAAAAAAGUACAGUCUUGACUCCAUGUAAUAGAUUCACAAAUUCAAGUAAUCCAUAGCCAUAAUCCCCUCCUAACUGCGCUUAAGCACAAAAGUUUUCAAAUAAUAAUGAUACUAAUUUUAAUAGUAAAGCCAUACUUGAUUAAAAUUUAGAUAUAAGAAAGCGCUCACGUAGCAGUAUUUACUAUUCUUAAAUUCAAAGCUGA